CUGUUCCUGGGUGCUAUGAGACGAAAGUACCAAUAGUGUUGAAUGAAGAAUAUGAUAAACCUUAUAGGUUUCUACAUUUAAUUGGUGAAUUGAAGUCACCACAGCUAAAGUUUGAUCCUUUGGCUAUUGUAUUAACCCCUGUACCACUGUGCACGGAAGUCAGUGCUGAUUUCACCAUACAUGCAUCGGGAUUCAGAAAAGAGACCAUCAUAGAUGUUGAAUUACCGGAAGUAGAGUUAGACGAUGGUAGCAUUACAUCGGUUUUGAAUGUGACUUUCCCGGAAGGUCAGAUAAUCCAACCAUGUUGUUCUGAUGAUGGUGAUGAAGACCCAUUUGUAUUGAAAUGUACAGUGACGUUCUCAUCACCAAAACCAGUAUCAUUUACACAACCUGUCAGGUUCCUGGAUACAGAUGGAAAUAAUUUCUCCAUCCCAGUAACAGCUACUGCAGAUAACUGUUUACUGACAGUUUAUCCAUUCAUAGCAAAGCACAGAGCUGACCAUCAGAUUGUAACAGAACAGGGUAAAAGUGUCAAAGGUAGACGCUCCCAAUCAAAAGAAAGUCUGAAUGUUGGUGAAGCAGUGUUAAUGGCAGUGGACUCUCCUACCAGACCAUCAACUAGAGCCAGCACUAGUUCCACAAGUAGAUUUGUUUCUAGUACAUCAAGUUAUGAAGACUCCUCUGCUGACAUCACUG